AACAGGCAGACCCGUCAUGUACCAGGUGGUUCCCGGCGGAGCGGGAGGCACCAUUACAGACGUGAUCCCCAAGCAGAAGUGCAGCAAGGAGACCCGGCCCCUAGUGGGGGCCGGGGUCCUGGGUCUGGUGCUGGUGGUUGCCGCGGUGACUGCGUGGUGUUACUACAUCGCCUCGCUACGCAAGGCUGAGCUGCUGAAGACUCAGCUCCUGGAUCUGAAUAAAGACGGCUACAUUAUCCGCAACCAGGGAGGGUCAAUUGUCUUCAGAAUGGACUUCAGGUCAGGAACGCUGGAUUUGGAUUCCUGGUCCAAAGAAGAGCUCCUGAGCUGCGGACGCACCACGGACCGCCGGCUGAACUUCUUCAUUGAGACGGUGCGGCCCAAAGACACGGUGCAGUGCUACCGCGUGCGCUGGGAGGAACUGGUUCCUGACAUUCCUGUCGAGCACGCCAUGACGUACACGUUUGCACACUGGUAUGGGGGUGCAGUGUCAGCGAUUCAACACUGGCCUAUUUCUAUCCACGGCCAACAGGCUGCCAAGCCCUUUGUCACCGGGGACAUCUACUCCAACCGCAAUGAAUUUGGCGGAAUCUUGGAAAGUUAUUGGCUUUCAUCCAACGCUACGGCCAUCAAGAUCAAUAAUUCCGUGCCCUUCCACCUGGGCUGGAAUGACACGGAGAAGACCAUGUCCUUCCAGGCGCGAUACAACGACAGUCCCUUCAAGCCCAACCCGGGAGAGGCCCCGUGCGCCGAGCUGAGCUACAGAGUGUGCGUGGGCCUGGAUGUGACGUCCAUCCACAAGUACAUGGUCCGCCGGUACUUCAACAAGCCCAACAAAGUGCCGGCCAAGGUCAUGUUUCGCCACCCGAUCUGGUCGACCUGGGCCCUCCAUAAGACGGACAUCGACCAGGAGAAAGUCUUGACGUACGCCGCCAACAUUCGCAAAUACAAGUUCAACUGCAGCCACCUGGAGGUCGACGACCGCUACACCAGCCGCUACGGAGACUUUGAGUUUGACCGGACCAAGUUCCCCAACGCCUCGGCCAUGUUCCAAUCCCUGAAAUCCGACGGAUUCUCGGUGUCGCUCUGGACUCACCCGUUUGUGAACUACGACUCUGAGAACUUCCACACCUGCGUGCAGAGGGGUCUGUUUGUCCGGGAGCCCACGGGCCGGCUGCCGGCCAUGGUGCGCUGGUGGAACGGCGUCGGUGCCAUUCUGGACUUCACCAAUCCGGAAGCCCGCGACUGGUUUUCCUCCCAGCUGCGCUCGCUGCGCUCCAGGUACGGAGUGUCCUCUUUUAAAUUUGACGCGGGGGAGACCAACUACUUGCCCUGGAAGUUUAGUACCAGAACUCCCAUCAGGGACCCGAGUUUUUUCACAAGACGCUACACGGAGAUGGCGAUCCCCUACAACGACCGAGCGGAGCUGCGCAGCGGCUACCAGUCCCAGAACAUCUCCUGCUUCUUCAGACCCAUCGACAGGGACUCGGUUUGGGGCUACGAGCUGGGCCUCAAGUCCUUGAUCCCCACCGUGCUGACCAUCGGCAUUCUGGGCUACCAGUUCAUCUUACCAGACAUGAUCGGAGGGAACGCGUAUCUGAACCGCACGGACGGGAACGGCGUCCUCCCCGACCGAGAGCUCUACAUCCGCUGGCUGGAGCUGGCGGCCUUCAUGCCCUCCAUGCAGUUCUCUAUUCCGCCGUGGGCGUACGACAACGAGGUGGUCGACAUUGCUCGCAAGUACACGGCCCUCCACGAGAGUAUCGUGGCGCCUCGGGUCCUGGAGCUGGCCGGCGAGGUGCUGGACACCGGGGACCCGAUUAUACGGCCCCUGUGGUGGAUCGCCACGGGGGACGAGACGGCCUAUAAAAUCGACUCGCAGUUCCUGAUCGGGGACGACCUCAUGGUGGCGCCGGUCCUGGAGCCGGGGAAGCAGGAGCGGGACAUCUACCUGCCGGCCGGCCACUGGAGGAGCUACAAGGGGGAGCGGUACGACAUCAAGGAGCCGCUGCACCUCACAGACUAUCCGGUGGAUCUGGAUGAGAUCGCCUACUUCCUUUGGGUGUAGCAGACUGACGGAGACACGGGAACCUCCAAACGGACACUUUUGAAAUCAUAACUACUUAACAUGUCAAAUGUGAAAUGCUCAAAUCCUCAUCUCAGUGUAUUGCAUUGAAACAAAUCGAAGGAUGAUCUUGUAUGUAUGUAUUCAUAUAUAUAUAAUAUAUA